AUGAACUCUCCAUCGGAAUAUCCUCUUGCGUGGGCUCGCAAAGCCCAAUUCCUCGUUGCCGGCCUUUCUCUGCCAUGUGCUAUAGCCGCGAUCGUUCUCAGAAAUGGGAGUGCUGAAACCAUUCUGCAGCUUAUACUGUUUAUUAUUGCCAUGUUUGCCUCGGCUGUCAAGCUUUUCCUAAAUCGUGGCCCUCGAAAACAUACCUACUCGUCCUUGGAGAUUUUGGCGGACGCUUUUAUGGUCGCUCAGUUUCUCGGCAUAUACAUCGCAGGCAUUGUUAUUUUGGCCAAAAGAAACUAUGGCCGCUACUGGCGCCACUCAGAAGCCCAGAGCAUUCCCCAUACGUACUCCAAUCUUUCCUGUCUUAUUAUGCUCAUAUCUUACGGAUACACAUUUACUACUGCAGUAUACCACCGUCAUCACCAAUACCUUUUACGUCUUCUCAAGGGACCUUGGGGCACUACAUAUGUGCUAUGUCCUUCCUGCGACCGUGAUGUUCAAGCCCUCGAUGGUAAAACUCCCAGAUGGCAAGCAGGCGCUCCAGAAAGAACUGCCAAUUCUUUCGAUGACGCUCGGGGCCUUUACACUGACUUUGUAGCUGAAGAUCAGUCAUUGCUUCGCGAUGAAGUCAAUGAAACUACGAAGCAAGAGACUGGCGUUAUUUCUUCGACCAACGAUGCUGUGUAG